AUGGCACACAUUUCAUACCCUUUUAAGAAAACAAGUAAGGCUGUUUAUCAAAAGCCGGCUUCUGUAGUUACCGAGGAUAACAUUUACUGGAAAAAGUUAGGAUCACCGGUGUUAGUGAAAGAGUUUGGUGCUAUUGAUUAUUUGGACUUCAGCCCUGUAGAACCCUAUUACUUCGCUGCAACAUGUUCAGUCAGAGUACAGGUCUAUGAUCCAAUUACAAAAGUAGUUGCAAAGAACAUCUCAAAAUUCGUGGAAGCUGCAUAUGGUGCUACAUUUAGAGGUGAUGGAAGACUCUUAGUGGCUGGAAGUGAAGAGGCAGCGGUCAAACUGUUUGAUGUCCAGUCAAAGAAUGUGCUUAGAGUGUUUACUGGUCAUACAGGUCCUGUGCACAGAACAUUAUUCACAAAGGAUCAUGUGAAAGUCCUGAGUUACUCAGAUGACAAAUCAGUUUGUCUAUGGGACAUAGCCACAGAAGAGAAAAUUGCUACUUUUGCUGAACACACAGACUAUGUCAGAGCUGGAGCUGCUAGUCCUAUCUCACCAGAUAUUAUUUUAUCGGGAAGUUAUGACCAUUCAGUUAAACUGUAUGACUGUAGAUCAAAUGAAACAGUACUUUCUGUGAACCAUGGCAGUCCUGUUGAGUCUACAUUAUUCCUACCCUCAGGAGGCAUAUUCAUCAGUGCUGGUGGCACAGAAAUCAAAGUCUGGGACAUCUUCAAUGGAGGAAAACAGCUGGCUAAUAUUUCUCAACAUCACAAAACUGUCACCACAUUACGACUGGCAAGUAACAACAGCAGACUGCUAUCAGCGUCCUUGGACAGACAUGUUAAGAUUUAUGACAUAUCAACUUUCAAAGUUGUUCAUAAUAUCGAUUUCCCUAAUGCUGUAUUAAGCAUGGCUAUAUCUAAAGAAGAUGAUACUCUAGCAGUAGGCAUGAUUGAUGGAAUCAUAUCUAUUAGAAAACGAGAAAAGCCAGCAAAACAAUCUUAUGAGAAAAGAGGUUUACUUAAAUUUGUUCCAGACCAUGUCCAAACUUCUCUGUUUGAGGAGGAUAAGCAAGAUUUAAGCAAGAAAAUUAGUUUUAAAACACCAAAAGGUGCUGAAUAUGACAACUUCCUUAGAAAAAUGGAGUUCACGAAAGCUCUAUCAGCUGGUCUAAAAACAUAUGUGGCAACUAAAUUCCCAGAGAAGACAGCUGCUUUGAUACAAGAGAUGUUGAGAAGAAAAGUCUUACAUGUAGCUAUGGAUGGACUAAAUGAAAAAGAUAUAGGAACAUUACUGAAAUAUUUUAAGAAAAAUCUAGGAGAAACAAGAUUUACCAGAGUAAUAAUAGAUGCAUCCAAUGUAUUUGUGGAUGUUUUUGAAAAUCAAUUGAAUACAACAUUUUCUGAAUUGAAUCUAUGGUUAUACACUUCUCUGAUGAAACAGAUAGAAGAUGAAAUAGAAGUUUGCAAGAAAGUAAGUGAGUUAGAAGGAGCUAUCAACCUUUUAAUGGCCGGAGCACAAAUUAGUAAUGCCAGUGAUACAGUGGAUUUGAGUGAUAGUUUAGCGCCAUCAACUAAAGCAUUGAAAGAAAUUGUAAUUGAUGUUUAG